CAGUUUCGAUAGUUAAACGAGUUCGUGCUCUCGGCAUGCCAACAUCUCUCACUGCCCCAACUAAAGUGCUAGCCCAUUGAGCAAUAGCAAUUGUUUCUCCGUUUAAUAAAUCUGAAAAAUUCAGGGCUUGAGAGUCUACAGCCAGUUAGCCAUUGUUUGUUGUUGUUGUUGUUGAUUUUGUUUCAAGAUCAGCGUGCUGUGAUUAGUAGUGAAAUGGCUGCUACCGCACUCAUUCGCCAAGUGGUCAUCGACUUUAUCUGUCUCGCCAUUGUUUGGUUGCCGGUCCUACUUUUGCACCUGCUCGGCAAGGCAUUCCAGCGUGGAUUCUACUGUGAUGACGCUUCCAUUCGCUACCCUUUCAAGGAGUCGACCGUCACCAAUGUUGUGCUGUAUUGUUACAGCCUCGGCCUGCCCAUCCUAUCGAUGAUUAUUAUCGAGAUAUUUCGAUGGAGAAACAACUCCAACAACUCUAAGAGGCUGACGCGCCAGAACAGUGCUUCAACAAUCAACGUUUCAUCGGCUAUUCGAAUACCUUCCGUGAUCGCCGAGCUGGUCCACUUGGUUGCCAUCUUUCUCUUCGGUGCUGCUUGCUCACAGCUGGCCACAGAUUUUGGCAAAUACACCAUCGGCCGUCUCCGUCCCCACUUUAUUGCCGUCUGUCAGCCGGAAAACUUUGCUCAGUUAUGUCCGUUGGACGGACCGCCUACUUAUAUCACCGAUUACAAAUGUACGGGUGACGACGAAAAACUACUUCGGGAAUCUAGAUUGUCUUUCCCAUCUGGUCACUCUUCCUUUUCGGCUUACACGAUGCUGUUUUUGGCCUUCUAUCUCCAACGGCGGAUGAACUGGUCAGGCUCAAAGCUACUCCGGCCAACUAUCCAGAUAUGCGUAUUAAUGCUUUCGUGGUACACUGGCCUUUCCCGAGUUUCCGACUACAAACACCACUGGAGUGACGUGCUGUCGGGAUUUCUCAUCGGCGCCAUCGCUGCUUCCUUAACGGCCCUUUACGUCUCCAGACUCUUCCAGCCGUCCAUUCGUCGAGACAUGGCCCUCGUGCCACAGAGUAGAGAAGAUGUCGAAAUGCAACAAAACCAUCUGCAAGCUUCAGCUGGCAAAUGACUCUUACUGGCCGGUAAUUGAUUGGGCAAUCAAUUUCCAGACUGAACACAAGUGAAGGAGGGAAAUAACCGCCACUGUCAACCGUUUCGUCGCUACAUACCAGUGGACUACUCUUCGAAAAUAUUAGUUGAUACUUUUUUAAAAAUUCACAAAAUAAUAUAAAUAACUGGCUUGUUCAUAACCCCCUCCCCCCGUGAUCACACAGUUAGGUGCCUUUCUGUUUGCCAUACGUAUUAUUAUUAUUAUUGUUUAGUUCAGUACCCAGAAAUUUCAACAUUCACUGAGUUGCUCCUUAACCUAACUUACACACAACAAAAUCUCACGAACGCAACUGUAAAGAGAGAAUUCACGCUCUUUACAUAAUAAUAAGUUGCCGUAUAACAAAUACACACGAUUUUUAGCAAA